GUCAGCUGUGUCGUUCAGCUGUUUCGGCUACUGAGCAUUUGAACUCAGCAGGAUCAUCCCGCUAAUUCAAACCAGGCAAUACAAACUGCGACUGUUCACCGUUUACAGUAGGCUACUUGUAAAAGCGAUACAGCGAGACAAGAGAGACAGCGAUGCAUUAACUGUUCUUCAAGAGUUGGAGAGUUGAGUUCCCCCGGCUCUGACGUAUCUCUUUCUGCUCGUCUACAAAGAGCUGGCACUUUAAUUAAGGAUUGUGAAAGAUGGACCUUGGAUUUUGGCUGUGCCUACUUGUGGUGGUGCGCACGAGUACCGGGGCAUAUGAAGGAGAUGGUGUGGGGGUCCAGGAGGGGUCUAAUGUCAUUCACUACCCACCUCAGUCUGUGAAGAUCACACAGAUGGAUGAUGGUUAUCAGUGCAGUGCAGAUGCCAACCCCAAACCUGAUUAUACAUGGUCAAGAGAGGGCCAUCCCCUGCCCAGUGGGGUGAGAGCAGAAGGCAACAGGCUGUACCUGGACUUCAUUCCUGAGCUGAACGGCCUGUACACCUGCAAGGCCUCAAACUCCUAUGGCACUGCGGAAGGUCACCACACUCUGUAUGCAGUCACCGGGGCAUCUGGGAGACCACUCUCUGUGAUAAUUAUCAUCAGUGUAAUUUUUGGAGCUAUUCUCAUCAUCAUGCUUAGGAAAUGUAUCAUAAGCAGGAACCAACAGGAAACUUUGAAAGUUGUGGCCAAGAAGCUCCUCCAAUAGAAGUCUAUGGGCCUCACCGACCCCACUGCCUGCUUGCGUUGGCCACCCCUGGACUGAUUUCAACUUUAGUUUUUUAUGUCAAUCUUCUAUCAAUGUGUGGUAAGAAAUGUUUUCGGUAAACUAACAAGGAACAGUCUUCCCUACACUUCCCAAGCCGCCCCUCGACCUCCCUCUGUACACUGAAGAUGUGACCGUAAGCUUUCUGUGAUACCUUGCCAUUAGUCCCCUCAUAGCCACGGACACUGUGUGAUUAAAGCCCAUGGAACUAAAGCCAUAGACACCAUGACAUUAAAGGGAGAACAAUGGACACGUUUUUCCAUGGUGUUGCAGACACGUUCAUUCUGCUGUUUCUAAUUUUGUGACUGACAUUCUGGACUCAAGGAGCAACAGUGCAGUCUGUCUCAGGACACUUUCAUUUACAAAAAGGUGCUGUUUGUUUCUGAGAUGUAUGUGCAUAUGUGUUUGUGUUUAGCCUAUAUUUCUUGCUUUAUUUUCUAAAUAAGUACUGUACAUGGAAAUAAAACUGCUUAUAAAUUACA